AUGGCAAGUCCAGAGUUUGACGGAUGUACGACCGACUUCAUAUCACCAUUAGUCGGGUCAGUCUAUCUAUCUUUCACACUAAUUCGAUUUUAAAAUGUUCCAGAAAAACGCACAAACACAAAAAAGUUUGUUUUUUAUGUUGGUUUACGUUUUCUUGUGUAUCUAAUACUAUUUUUGCAUAAAAUUGCAAAAAUUAAAAAUUUUUUUAAAGCUAUUAAUUAUAUUUUUAUAAUAUUUUUAAAAAUCUAUAGGAAAUUAAAAAUAUAAAAAAACGUCAAACCUAUUUUACCCUAAAUUUCAAAAAAUGGCAGUAGAAUGUCAUAGUGAAGGCGACUUUUUCUUUAGCUUUUUGGUACUCGCUGAAUGCUGCAUUAGUAUCGUGUCGUUACUACUAAACUGCACAUUAGCUGUAUGUUCAUACCAUUCCUUGCCUUUUACAUUUUCACAGCGACAAAGUUUGGUAAGUGACCUACAAUAUUAUUGACCAUAUGAUAGUAAUACUUCGAAAAAGUUUUUACAGUCCAACCUCGUUAGAAUGACACUCCUUGAACUGUUAUAUAAUUUUUAGGGUGCAAUAAGCCUUAACUACGUUUUGAUAUCUGGAGUUGUGUUAGCUCGAUCUUUGUUUGUGGGAUUCAUAGCGUAUUCAACUUGCAACACUACUGUCAGUACAGCGAACUGUAAAAUACAAGAGUUUCCAUUAGUAUUUGUGUACUUUCAAGCUGCCUUCUUCCCAGCUCUUCUGGCUAUUCAGUUCUUCUUCAAACAAAAGUAAGUAAUUUGGAAAAAUAAUCUUAUUUUAGAUCUUACGUCUUGUAUGGUAAUCGAUAAAAUUGAUUUCCUCUCCAAAAUUUAUUUAAAAAAGUUUUUGCUUAUUUAAAAAAACUUUUUUAAAAUGAGUUUCAAAAAACUAUAAUUAAAAAAAAUUUUAGUCACAGAGUACGUCAAAUAAAUUACCUAAACGCUUGCUCAAUUACUCAACUCUUAAUUUCUGUGUUUUGUUUGGCCAUUGCUUUAUGGUUCACAGCAUUCGAUCAUGAAAAUCGUGGUAGAUAUUUGAAACACGUAAGCUUAUAAUAAUAUGCUGUAAAAUAUUAUAAUGUUAUAACUAUUUUCUUAAGAUAUCAUCCAAUUUAAAAGUUUUUUUAAAUUAAAUUUCUUAUACAGUGAAGUUUCUUUAGUAUUAUAAAAUCAUUUUUUUAGCUCAUUGAACGCUUAUUGUAAGAGAUCUUCUAUUAUAAAGUACCUAUGUAGGUAGUGUGCUACCCUAGUUAUAAAGACAGAUUUAAACCAGUUCCUUGAGUUAGAUACUAAAGCGGAUUUAUUAAAAACGACCCAUCAGAUUAACGUAUUUUACUAAAAAAACUUUAUUUUUACAUAUAAUUAAAAUUUAUUGACCGAAAUUUUCUAUACCUUAAAAAAUUUCAGUGCCUAAUAGUACGAGCAAUUCAUGAAAAGCGAAUGGCAUUUGCAAUGUUCACGGCCUUGUUGAGUAUUCAGUUGUUUUCUCUGUUCAUGUGGUUGUUAAUUCAACGACAAGUCAGUAACCAACAACAAGAUCAACGUGUAAGGUCGUUGUCAGAAGAAAUGGUCGGAGAGAAUGUUGGAUGGUGCUUGAUAUUGUUCUUGAGUGGAUUUAUUGGCGUUUAUGAGUACAUUUACGAUGAAACUAAUGAAUCGGUAGGUAAAAUAAGUUUGGUCUUAUAGAAAUGAAAUAUAAUGUUUGAUACUAACUAAAAAAUGAAUUUAAAACUCUUUUAUAACAAACAAGUCCGUUUACAAAGCUUUCGUUGUACAUACCUUAUUUUAGCUAAUCAGUGCCGCUCUGGAAUCGUCGUUUGUAUUAGCACCGUUAUUUUUGAGUUUAUUCCGAGCAAUCUCAAUUUUGUGGAACGUGGAGCCGAUUAGAUUAUCCAUCUUGAACAUUCUGCCCGGUUCCUCGUAUUUCCUACAAAUUGAUUACGACAAAGUGUACCAGUACAAUCGCGAGGUUUCGGGCCUGGAAAAAGCCGAGUCUAAACAGUAA